AUGUCUCAAAAUAUAAAUAGCAAUGCUCACAUAAAUAAUUUCAGUAUGCAAAAUGAUAUGGUCAACAUAAUUUUAGAAGAUUGUAUAAAAGAUUGGUUCCCAUUUUUAAAUGAUAAUGAAUAUAAAGGAAACAAAGAUAACAUAAAAGAAGAAGAAAAUUGUAAAAAUAUAAAAGAUGAAAUUAUAAGAUUGAAAAAAUUCUAUAAGGGUAUAAAAUCAGAUAAUUUUCCUUUAAAAAAAUUAUAUAAAUCUGAAAGAUAUAUUUUUAAUUUAAAUAGUGAGGAAAAUGAUGAAGAUGUUUUUUUUAAUUCUGAUGGUGUGUAUAUGGAAAUUCUAAAAGAAAAUAAUAGAAUCCAAGAUAAAGACAACUUUUAUGGUAUUAAUAAUAAAGAAUAUGUGAAUAAAAAUUUAAAUGAUAUUCAUGGAAGUGCAAUGUUUUAUGAUUGUUUGUAUACAGAAGAUGAGGAAAAAAAAAAUAAUAAAUUAUCCAGAAAAAUGAGUAAAGAAGAUGAGUAUAAACAAGAGUAUAUAAAUAGAGAACAAAAUGAAACUGUUUAUGAGUGGGAAAAAAAUAAAAAAAUAAAAAACGGCGUAAAAAGUGACGUAAAAAAUGGUAUAAAAAAUGGUGUAAAAAAUGGUGCAAUAAAUAGUAAUCGGAAUUAUGAUCGAAGUCGACAUAAUUCAGAAAGUGAUAGUGCACUAUUUAAACGAAAAAAGGAAAAUAAUACAAAAGGAGAGGAAGAUAUUUUUUUGAAUGUAAAAGAGUAUGAUGUUGAUGGGGUAAAAAUAGGGAAAGUUCCAAGUGAGCAUUUAACUAGUAAAACCGUGGAAAAUGUCGAAAAAAGCGCCGAAAAAAAUGCCGAAAAAAAUGCCGAAAAAAAUGCCGAAAAAAAUGCCGAAAAAAAUGCCGAAAAAAAUGCCGAAAAAAAUGCCGAAAAAAAUGUCGAAAAAAAUGUCGAAAAAAACGCAAAAAAUGGGCUUAAUGAAAAUAUGUUAGAUGAUAAAAAUAAUUUUCUAAAUAAAUAUUCAUGUAAAGAAAAAGACAUAUGUAUAAAUAAAAUGAAAAAUUUUAAUUAUGGUGAUGAAAUAGACAUAAAAAAAGAAAUUAAAGAACCGAGAUUAAAUAAUAUGAACGAGUCAGGUAAAUCCGUAAUAGAUAGCGAUGGACAAACAUUGUUAGACAUAAAAAAUAUAAACACAAUUAUACAAGAAAUAAAAUUUGAAGAUGGAAAAGAAAAAAAUUAUUCUAUGGAUUCAUAUGGAAGUAUUUAUUUAAAUACAUGUUUGAAUGUUUUAAAAGUUGAUAUGAAUUAUUUUUUAAUUCCAAAAAAUAUUGGAAAUGAAGAAUUAUUAUAUGAAAAAAAAAAAAUUAAAGAAAUUUUAAAACUUUAUGAUAAAUUAUUUUAUAGCCAUUUUAAGUUUAUUCCAAAUAAAUUUUAUAAAGAAACAUUAAGACCUAUUUAUUCUUAUUAUCAAAAUUUGAAAUCUACAAUCGGGUUGGGUUCAGUUAAUACAUCCCUCGAUUUAACAUCGAAGAAAUCAUGUUCUAUAAGUCGGAACUACGAGAUUCGGGCACAUAGCACCCCCAAUGUACGUAGUAGCGAAGGAAAUCCGACAAAAGGCAAAAGCCGUGAAUCUAUGGAAUACACCAAUUUAGGAAGUUUUUCCAAUUUAAUAAAUGAUAUGAAUGUUAAGAAAAUAUUAUUAGAUGUGGAUGAGAAUGCAGAUAUUAGUUAUAUGGAAAAAGAUUAUAAAUUUUUAUAUAAUGAUUUGGUAAAAUUAAAAAAUUUACUUAUAAAAAAGCGGAAUUAUAAAAAUAUUUUAUUUGAUUAUCAAAAACGUUUUGUUCAAUUAAAUAAUAGAUGUGUUAAAACAUAUAAGGAUAUAUAUCCAGUUGAAAAGGAAUAUAAAAUAUAUACACAAAUAAAAAAAGAAACAGUAGCAGUUAUUAACAUAAUUAAUGCAAACUAUAAAAAAUAUUAUAUAGGCCAGUAA